CGUAAGAGCGUGCCGGGGAAGUGACACCUUUCGGCUUUCCUGCGGCAUCAUCGCCCACGUAUUUACGGAACCCAUUAUUCGUCCCCCCAGGUGUAAUACUAUGGACGCUCAAUUCCUCUAAAACACUAGAAAGCCCAUAAAUAAAACCGUUCCUCCCCUUUCCCUCUCUCCAUGGUCUCUCUCUCUCUCUCUCGAUAAUCUUUCUCUCUCUAAAAAUUCGCAAGAACACGGCGGCCAUGCCGUCCCCCUACCACGAGGACUACCUCUCCUCCCCCCCGCCGCCGCACGCCGCCGUCGCCGGCGGCGCCUCGAACGGGUGGGGCCCAUACGCCGGCGCGGGCGACUUCGGGGCCAGCAUGCUGAUCAUCCUCGCCGCCCUCUUCGUCGCCCUUGUCUUCGCCCUCUUGCUCAACGCCGCCAUCCGCUUCCUCUUCUGCGCCGCCGCCCGCCGCCUCCGACGCCCCCACCCCGCGCCGGCGGACCCCGAGAAGCAGGUGGCGCCGCUGCCCGCGGAGGCGGCGCCGACGCUGGUGUUCUCGGCGGGGACGAGGCUGGCCGGGGCGGAGGCGGAGUGCGCCAUCUGCCUGGCCGAGUUCAUGGAGGGGGAGCGGGUGAGGGUUUUGGUGCCCUGUAACCAUGGCUUCCACGUCCGCUGCAUCGAGCGGUGGCUGGCCGCCCGGAGCUCCUGUCCGACCUGCCGCGCCAGAUGCCACGUGGCGGUGCGCGCCGAGGGGAGCAGCCCGGUGGUGGUCGAGGCUUAGAUUAUGGCCAGAUCGACCGGAAGAUACGCGUCCUGGCAGCCUGGCAGGGACUUUAGGAUUAGUGUCAGCAAAUCAACGGUAUUUAGACUGUAGUGCGCAUCUUAAAGUCUGCCUUUUUUAUAUUUUAUACCUACAUAUUUUAUUCUACAGCUUUUCCCCCACCUUUUUCUUUCCUCGUAGGCAAGUCUGGCUGGAAAUGAGCCACAGAUUUUUCAGGGAUAUCCGGAAGAUUAAAAGAAAAUUGAAGUCUUGGCUUGUAUUUGUCUCUUAGAAGAGUGUGAGAGCUGUAAAGAGAUUUCUCCGGCCAAUUUAGAGUGCUUGGUAUGAUGAGGGUGUUUGACUGCUCUAUCUUAUAGCAGCAACCCUUCUUUCCAAUUUCCCUCUCUUCACUUCUUUUGUAAUCCAAGCUUAUUGCUUUAAAAAAAGAAAACCGAAAUAUGGUGUCUAUCUAUUUUAACCAAACUUUAAAUCAGAGGUAUUACAAG